UCAAGUGGCUGGUAAGAAUCUACCCAUACCUGAUGGAAAAAUGAGUCGAUAUCGACGUCAAAAGAAAAGGAGGGUGGCCUUUAAUCCACGCCAUAGGCUAACAUAUAAGGAUCGUCGCAGUUUGCUGAAUAUACUUCAGAGAAUGGUGGAUAGUCUUGAAUAUGGAGCCUCUAGACGGAGACCCAGAGCACGCUCUGUGAAAUGUCAGACAACCAUUCCGGCUGCUCCUUCUAAUCCAAGAGGAGCAUUAAAUAUGGUAGUCAACUAUGACCGAAAAGAAGUUCCCAUUUUCCAAACCUAUGAGGAAUUUCAUAAGACAGUUCUUCGGUCAUUUGAAAACAUUUCAAUUAUAUUGAGCACAGAUGGGAAAGUUGUUUUUAUAUCGCAGAAUGUGUCACCUCUUCUUGGACAUCGUCCAGAAGACAUUGUGGGGAAGACUUUAUUAAAUAUUCUUCUUGAUGAAGAAAAAGAAGAAAUAGCUCAGAAGAUCAUUCUUAAUCCUCCAUUGGCUAAAUCAGAGUUGCUCAAGAUGUGGUGA